AUGCCUGGUGCAAAAACCAAGAACACCGCGAAGGAUUUCGCCCUCACGACCCUCCUCACUCUCAUCGAAGACUAUCACUCGUUCAACCCAGAAACGACCGUGCCGACGUACGCAUACCCAACAUACCUCGAAUUCAGCCAACAGAUCGCCCGGGGACGCCCGUGCGUGUACCGUCUCGACCGCAGCGUCCUCGAUGAUGAUGACGACGUCCGCAAUGGAAGUGGCGAAGUGGAGGCCAAGGGUGAAAGCUGCAACGGGAGCGAGGAAGACCCGAAGCCUCCUGCGUCGGACAGUGUCAAACGUCGACGCCUCCGGCAAGAGCAGCGCUCCGUCCUCUCGGCGCCGUGCUUUCGGUGGACGAAGAAGAGCCUAUGCGAGCUGGUCCCGGACGAGGUCGAGGUCGCGGUGACCCCGGACGGGAGGGCGGACGCGCUUUACUCCCUCCCACGGAGGGGGAAGAGGCCAGAUGCUGUGGAGGGCGGCAGUGGAGAGGAUCAAGGAAACGGCAAGGUCGGUGAUCGUGGUGUUGAGAGGGAAAUGAGAGACCUGGCGCAGAAGGGCAUGAGCGGACACGAGGAAGAAGGUGAGGAAACAGAAACAGAAACAGAGCAAGUGUUCCUGCAACCCGCCACCACACAGAUGACUCUUGCGUCUCUGAUCGACAAGCUCUGCCCUCCGCAGCCAUCAUCUCAAACAAUAUUACCCACAACCACAAACGACCCCGUCUACUACCUGCAAUCCCAGAACUCGAACCUCCACACCCCCCCACUCUCGUCACUACUGCACGCCCUCCCACGCGGCCCUCCGCCCUUCAGUGCCAACGUGCUCGGCGCCCCCGAAGCCGUCAACAUCUGGAUCGGCAACGCGCGGUCCGUGACUAGUACGCACCGCGACCCGUAUGAGAACCUGUACCUGGUGGUCAAGGGCCGGAAGCGGUUCGUGCUGUACAGCCCCGUCGAGGAGGUGUGUUUGCACGCGCAGAGGGUGCGGACGGGGCGGUGGGAGGUGGUGUCGGAGGGUGAUGAUGAUGAUGAUCAGCCUCCUCGGUGUAGAAAGAGAGAUCGCGGUAUGAGGGAUGGGAAUGGAGAUGGAGGAGACGGACAAGGGCAGCAGGGAAGGAAGAAGGGGCAGUUUAGGAUUGUCAUGGACGACGAUGCCGAGAAGGACUGGGUCCUGGACGACGACCAAGACACGACGAACUGCAUCCCCUGGAUCCCCAUCGACCCUCUCGCGCCGCCUCCAGCCCCAUCGACGAGAUACCCGUACUACAAGCACGCCCGACCUCUCACCGUGACCGUCUCGGAAGGCGAAAUCCUCUACCUGCCAGCGGGCUGGUUCCACCACGUCAGCCAGGAAUGUGGCGUCUGGGAGAGCGACGAGGGCGAUGGGGGCGAGUCGGUGGUGGCGCCCUGUAUAGCAGUCAACUACUGGUUCGACAUGGACUACUCCGGAGAGAAGCAUGUCAUGAGGGAGAUGGUGGGACGAUUAGUUGAGAAAACCCGAACAAAUGACUGA